AUGGCUGGCACAAGAACCGAGAGCGAUGCCUUUGGCGAGAUCCAGGUCCCCGCCGACAAGUACUGGGGCGCCCAGACUGAGCGGUCCCUCGAGAACUUCCGCAUCAACCAGCCCCAGGACCGCAUGCCCCCGCCCAUCAUCAAGGCAUUUGGUAUUCUCAAGGGCGCGGCUGCUGCUGUGAACGUGCGCUAUGGUCUUGAUCCCAAGAUCUCCGAGGCCAUUCAGCAGGCCGCCAAGGAGGUCGCCGACCUGAAGCUGAUCGACCAUUUCCCCCUCGUCGUCUGGCAGACCGGCUCCGGUACUCAGUCCAACAUGAACGCCAACGAGGUCAUCUCCAACCGAGCUAUCGAGAUCUUGGGUGGCCAGAUGGGCUCCAAGAAGCCCGUCCACCCCAACGACCACGUCAACCGCUCUGCAUCCUCCAAUGAUACCUUCCCCACCGUCAUGCACAUCGCCGCCGUCCUUGAGAUCGAAAACGAGCUCGUCCCGAGCCUGAAGAGCCUGAGGGAUGCGCUGCAGAAGAAGGUGGACGAGUUCGACGCCAAGAACAUCAUCAAGAUCGGACGGACACACCUGCAGGACGCCACUCCGCUGACCCUGGCGCAGGAGUUCUCUGGGUACGUGGCCCAACUGGACUUUGGCAUCCAGAGGGUUGAGUCCAGCCUGCCAGCCCUGCGACAGCUGGCGCAGGGAGGCACCGCCGUGGGCACUGGCAUCAACACUUUCCAGGGUUUUGCCGAGGCCAUCGCCGAGGAGGUCUCCAAGAUGACGGGCACCAAGUUCGAGACGGCACCCAACAAGUUUGAGGCUUUGGCCGCCCACGACGCUGUCGUGCAGUCGCAUGGCUGCCUCAACACCCUCGCCGCCUCGCUCACCAAGAUCGCCCAGGACAUCCGAUACCUCGGCAGCGGGCCCCGUUGCGGCCUGGGCGAGCUGAUCCUGCCCGAGAACGAGCCUGGCUCUAGCAUCAUGCCCGGCAAGGUCAACCCGACCCAGUGUGAAGCUCUGACGAUGGUGUGCGCCCAGGUCAUGGGCAACAACGUCGCCUGCACCAUCGGCGGCAUGAACGGCCAGUUUGAGCUGAAUGUGUACAAGCCCCUGGUCAUCCGCAACCUGCUCCACAGCAUUCGCCUGCUGUCUGACGGCAUGCGUUCGUUCGAGAAGAACCUGGUCGCCGGUCUGCAGGCCAACGAGGAAAAGAUCUCCAGCAUCAUGAAGGAAUCUCUCAUGCUUGUGACCUGCCUGAACCCCAAGAUCGGCUACGACAUGGCCAGCAAGGUUGCCAAGAAUGCCCACAAGAAGGGCCUGACCCUCAAGGCGUCUGCCCUGGAGCUGAACGCCCUGACUGAGGAUGAGUUUGACAGCCUCGUCAAGCCUGAGCUCAUGGUCGGCCCCUCAGCUUACAAGGGAUGA